GCGGCGGGAGGGGGAGGGCCCAGCAUCGGGCGCUGGGAGAGGGGUUCCCAACAUGUCGGUACUGCUGGUGGCGUUCGGACUACGCGAGCGGGCGGCUGUUGCGGCGGGGGGAGGCCAGCCAGGAGCGCCCGCAGCGUGAGACCCAGCCAGCCACACCCCGCACCGGGCCAGGCCGGCCCUCGGACAGCGGGCCACAAACCCUGCCCGCGGCCAGGAAAUUGCAAAAUAAAGCAGAUGUUGAAUCGUGCACUGAUAUCUCAAGGUUUUCCAAGUUACUCUGUUCUGUACGUGUUGGCAGGAAUGUAAACCUAAUGUUCUAGAUUAAUGCUGGAGGAAUUGGCUAGAGGUCCAGUUAACAGAUUCAAUAUUAAGUAAACAUGGGUGCAUUCUUGGAUAAACCAAAAACUGAUAAACAUAAUGCUCAUGGUACAGGGAACGGCUUGCGUUAUGGCCUCAGUAGUAUGCAGGGAUGGAGAGUGGAAAUGGAAGAUGCUCACACAGCUGUUGUAGGUAUUCCCCAUGGCCUAGAGGACUGGUCCUUUUUUGCUGUCUAUGAUGGUCAUGCAGGAUCUCGUGUGGCAAAUUACUGUUCAACACAUUUAUUAGAACACAUCACCAACAAUGAUGAUUUUAGGGCGUCAGAAAAACCAGGAUCAGCUCUUGAGCCUUCAGUGGAAAAUGUCAAGAGUGGAAUCAGAACUGGCUUUUUGAAAAUUGAUGAAUAUAUGCGUAAUUUUUCUGACCUCAGAAAUGGAAUGGACAGGAGUGGCUCAACAGCAGUGGGAGUUAUGAUUUCACGUGAGCAUAUAUACUUUAUCAACUGUGGUGAUUCGCGUGCUGUUCUCUAUAGAAAUGGACAAGUGUGUUUUUCAACACAGGAUCACAAACCUUGCAACCCAAGGGAGAAGGAGCGAAUCCAGAAUGCAGGAGGUAGUGUAAUGAUUCAGCGUGUUAAUGGUUCAUUGGCAGUUUCUCGAGCUCUGGGCGACUAUGACUACAAAUGUGUUGAUGGCAAAGGCCCUACAGAACAGCUUGUUUCUCCAGAGCCUGAGGUUUAUGAAAUUUUAAGAGCAGAAGAGGAUGAAUUUAUCAUCUUAGCUUGUGAUGGAAUCUGGGAUGUUAUGAGCAAUGAAGAGCUCUGUGAAUUUGUUAAGUCUAGGCUUGAAGUAUCAGAUGACCUGGAAAAAGUGUGCAAUUGGGUGGUCGAUACUUGUUUACAUAAGGGAAGUCGUGAUAACAUGAGUAUUGUGCUAGUUUGUUUUUCAAAUGCCCCCAAGGUCUCAGAUGAGGCAGUGAAAAAGGAUGCUGAGCUGGAUAAGCACCUGGAAUCACGGGUCGAAGAAAUUAUGGAGAAGUCGGGUGAGGAAGGAAUGCCUGAUCUUGCUCAUGUAAUGCGCAUUUUAUCUGCAGAGAAUAUCCCAAAUUUACCACCUGGGGGUGGUCUAGCGGGCAAGCGUAAUAUUAUAGAAGCUGUGUAUAACAGGCUGAAUCCACACAGAGAGAAUGAUGGGGGUGCUGGAGAUCUAGAAGAUCCAUGGUAGCCUUACAAAUCUACUAAAAUGCUUUUGAUUCUGAAAAAAAUGGGGGAAAAAACUUAAUCAGUUUUCUUCAAUACAAGGGAAAAAUUCUGGUGGAUUUCCAACAUUUUGUGAAAUGGGCAGAAAGAUAUUAGAGUUUUCCAUCACUUGUUUAUUUUUGUGUUUUCUGAUAUUGCCACUCUUAGCAUUGCCUGUAUUACAGUAUCUUUACCAGCCUCAGGCAUACGGACUCCAUCUUUGUUGAACUUUUAGCCCUAAAAACCAAGGAAAAAGUGAUUCUUUCAGCAAAUCAAUAUAUGUACCUGAGGUGCAUGGGAUUGUAGUUGUACUCUGAAGAUACAUUAUGGUUUAACGAAACUUAACAUAUAAGCAUGAAAGAGUACAAAUAAUUGUAUGAGACGUUACUUAUUUCACUUUACCAAGUUGGAAGGCUUUCGCAGCUCUGUGGCUUGGAAGUAAUUUCAGUUGGGCAAUAUGCUAUAGGAUUUGUAUUUCCUCUCCCCCCCCACCCCCCACCCCACCCCAGUUUUACCUGUAUUAUCAGACUGUUAGGUUUCCCUACAGUGUCCAAAUUGUGAUACGUUGCCUACUGUUUGCUUGAUGAUAAAUGUAUUUGGCAAUAAUAGAAGAAGAUUUUAGGCGUCUAAAACCAAUAAGAAUUUUACGCAAGUGUACAACACAUCCUUAAACUCUUGCUAGAAGAAAAACGUUUUAAAACCAAACUGAUUAAUUUAUGGUUAGAUGUAACUUAAUUUGACAUCUCACUCACUGCUGCAGGUUUUUUUAAAAAUGCUGAAAAUUUGCCUUUAUUAUAAUGUAAAAUGUGAUUUUUGUUCUACAUGUGGUUUUCUAUAGUUUCCUCUAAUUUUUCAGCUUCAGAUACAGACAGAAGUCUUGUGUAAUAUGGAUAUAAUUUUUAAUUGUUUGCAUUAUUUUCAAAGCUCAAAUUUAUCACUUUGAGAUUACUAUAAAUACAGUUAAAAUUAUCUAUUUUAAAUCUAAGAAAAUAUUAGAGAUAUUUUCAUGGGUUCAAUGACCUUUCAUUUUAUAAGCAAUGGGCAUGGUACAGAGUGGCUGUCAUGUAAGGUACUUGAAGAUUCUUAGUUUAAUUCUAUUUUUGCAAUAACUUUGAUUUUUUUUCUGAAUUCUUUUGAGUCGUGCAUGUAUUGAGUCCAGUAGAUGCUAAAAACGGAGAAGAAUAAAGUAUUUAUCUAAAAAAAAAAAAAAAAAAAAGCUAUUGGGGAGGGGAAACAAUGAAUGUAUCCAUCUGUACAUGCUUUACAUGCUGUGGAUGCCUUGUAAACAUUUUCCUAUUUGUUUAAACUGUGUUUCAGCGAGGAUGUAAUUGCCCUUGUGUGUAGUUUAAGCUAAUGACAGUCAUCAACUGGUUUUGUGUGAAAUGGAAUUCAUGCUAUUUUUCUGUAACUUUAUCCCCAUGCUGAGUCUGUAAAAACACACACACUCACUUACUGGUGCCUAUGGGCAGCUUUCCCAAUCAUUUUGAUUCAUUGUGUAUCUGAUUUUUUUUGUUUUGUUUUGUUUUUUGUUCUAGAGAGGAUUAUUGCCACAAUAUAUUUUAUUUAUUCAUUAGAUUUUAGCCUUGUAAGUUAAAUUGUUCUAAAUGACGAUGUUAACAGAUUUUUGUCCCUUUGCUGGGUUUUUGGGGUUGUUAAAAGAUUGGGAAUGAAGAAUGCAAAAUGGUUUAUUGUUCAGACUGUCCGCUCUGGUCCAACCCUGUACUGAUAGUACCUUCCCAGUAUGAUAUUGUGAUGUUUCAUACAAUACAGUGAACAUAACCAACUUGUUAUCUUCAAUAAAGGAUUGCUAAAACAGUGUGA